UAAAAGCGCCACCACCAUCCUCUGCGUCAGGACCAGUUGAAGUGCAAUAUUGAAGCCUCUACUGUACGAUUCAGGAUCCAGACUCUAACCUCAAGGCAUGUUGACCAGGAAUUUUCUCAUCUUCUGCUCUCUGGCAGUUCUGCUAGUACAAGCUGACUUCGAUACUAAUAACGAUCAUGCUGCCCAAGCCAUGUCCACAGAUAAGGACUCAACCUCGGAGGAAGCUCCAACUGAGAGCAUAAAUGCCAUCUCCUCGGAUCAGCCUAACGCUCCUAAACCUAAUGGGGUCACUGGACCUGCAAACAGUGUUGAGGACCAGGAGGAGGAUGAAAGCUCAGAUGAAGGUCUGAAAAAAAUAAAUGUUCCUCCUCCUCCUCCUCCUCCUCCUCCUCCUCCUCCUCCUCCUCCUCCUCCUCCUCCUACUCCUACUCCUGCUCCACAACAAAACUCAGGAAAGUUAGUUGGGCCAGCAGGUGGGAACCGGAGAAAGGCCCCACAACAAAAGAGGAGGUCACGACCCUCCCGCCGUCAGCAGUGAAAUGCCAAAAAGACACACAGAGGCAAACAUUUACUUUUAGUUAAUUGCAUAGAAGAAGAAACAUAUUGUAUCCUAUUACUGUAUAUGCCAUAAUAUGAAGGUGUACAGAACCGUACUCAUAUGAUGAAGCUGCUUUGAUGUAUCUUGAGCAGCAGAACAGUCAGCAAGACAUGACAUGUUGUUUACUGUAACGUCUGUGGAAAAAACUCAGUGGUAUGUUCAAUACAAACUCAUGGGCAUUUCUCUGUGAAUAAAAUGUAGGAUUAAAUGAACAAUGUAUUGUGAUGACAUAAAACCAGGCCAAAUAUCAUAACUGACCUUGACCUUAAGAGCCACUGAAAAUGCUCUAAAUUCACCACCUGUUUCAAAAUAGCAAGGACCUCACUCCCAUGAAAAUACCUCCAUUUCUAAAUGAGCGCACACACCGCACCAAAUGUUGAUCGCCGUUCGUUCGGCGUGGUGUGUUUUAUGGACCACUUGCCGGUGGGCGUCUGACUGCCAACAUUCUCGCGUGGUUUGCACUCGGUUUGCAAAUUACAGCUGGCACUCUGUUCAGAGGUGCUAAGUACUCUCGGCUGGCAAAUGCUGCCGGUGUGUCAGUGCCUUUAGAGAGACUCUUGCUAUUUUGAUCAUGAGCCAGUUGGUGGAAAUAUGGAGUUACGAACUAGCAAUACAAACUGUUGUUAGCUAAAGUGAAAAGACUAGAUAUUCUUCACAGAAAAAGGCUAAAGAAAUCCCAUAAUUUCUCUCAGAGUUGAUGAGGAUACCUUUGACUGGUGCUGCCUACCCAAAGACUGUUAUACUGUCCUCAGUCAGCAUAUCUUUUAGUGCAUAAUCUUUCAAAACAACCCUGCUCUCGAACACAAAACCAGUGUUUCAAUCAAAAGUGUUUGUUUCUUUUUUCUAAUCAUCAUUUUUAUACACACAGUAUUCAACACAUUAUGUAUGAAACAUGUUUGAUGAAUAUCAAUUUCAAAACAUGUUUAAGUGUCAACCUCUGUUUCUUACAUCAUAUCUUUCUAAAUAAACCUCUUUGAGCAAAGUGA